AUGGUAGGAGAACAUGAGAUGUGGUUCUGUGGAGUGUGCCAGGAGGAGGAGGAGAUGUGCACGCCUACACAUAAAGGCACACACUCAGCCAAAGCAAAAUUGUCGGUGCGCAGCUACAUUUGCGAUUUAAGAGAUGACAAAGAGGAUACAGUGUUAGGGAGUCUGCCCCUGCUCAGUUUCCAGAUUGGAGGAGUAGAGCUUUCAGAAAACAUCAUCCGCAAAUUUGCCUUUAAGGUGGAGCAUGUUGGGACCAGGACAUACUAUUUCAGCACAGACAGCCAUGCAGAACAGGAAGAGUGGAUCAGAGCCCUGAGUGAUGCUGCUGAGGUCAAUAGUCAACCAACAAACAGGAAACACCAAGAUACGACAGCUUUUAUCAACCACAGCAUGGAGACAAAGCCUCCUUACUCACAAACACAACAGAAUCCACACAUACAAACAAAGAAUGAAACUGACACCAACCUGGCCCUCCACUCUAAUAUCAAUGGGGUUGACAGCCCUGGAACAUCUGCAAGCUCAAACCUUUGCUCUCACAUAAAUGAUAGAAUGGAAGGGAAAAGUGUAGAAGCUGAAGGGGGAAGAACAACUCCUCCUCCUAGUGCCAUGCCCCUCAACAGCAGUAGCAAACCCCCUCCAUCCAAGAGCCACAAUGGACAUCAACCAGCUGAGGGACAUGAAGAGCCAGGUGUUGGUUUAUCAUAUGACCCCAGGGAACAGCAGGAGAAUGUGGUGCUGAGGAGAGGUUUUGUCCCAAGGACAGCUCCAGAGAGGUUGGCCCAAAGAAAGUGCUCAAUGGCUCAACUGCAACAGUGGGUCAACCAGCGGCGGGGCAUGGCCUCGCAAGAAGACAUCAACAGGCCACCCUCUUACUAUUCUGUGAACCCAGAAGUCUCAGCUGGCUACUAUAACUUUGUGGACGAAUACUCUUUGUACCUACCAGGGGUCCGACCAGACAGCAUCUGCUCUAUGUCUUCUGUGGGGGGCUAUGACAGACUAUGGACUAUUGAGCAAAAGCGACACUCUCUGAGGGAUGAACCCCACCGGUUGUACAGGAAACAGAUGCCCCAAGACCAAUGGGGGCCACAGUACUAUGGUGGAAUGGAAACAUCCAUGAGGAGCCUGUUUAUUCAGCCACGCUCCAGGUCUGUGCCCAGAUCACCAUCCUCACCAUUGAGGCGGCCCUAUUCACCAGCGUCAUGCACCUAUGCCUCACCUGCUCGAUCACCAUCCAAUUGUUUUGACCGGUUUUCAGGGAGGAUGACAGAAGAUGCAAUCUAUCCACCAGUCUACAGUCUGAGAAGAUCUUUCAGCUCCCCAAAGUAUAACUACCAUGGUGAUAGGAGGUCAUUAAGCCAAGGAUUAUACCACCACAACUACCCUGUAUCCCCUUCUGUUCACAGUAAAAUGGAGGAUAUAUUAGAUUUUCAGCUCCAGCGCAACCUGGAUUACCUAGAUCAACAGGUGCCUCCUUUCCAGAAUAUAAACUACAGAGAACUGCAUCCUACACUGAAACUCAAUGAGAUCGAAACCAGUAAGCUCUUGGGGCGAUUAUGUGAGCAGAACCAGAUUUUGAAAGACCAUGAGGCAGUUGUCCACAGACUGAGAAUGAAUAAGGACAGCCUAGAGGAAGCACUGUUGGCUACUCAUCAGGAAAUGGAGAUAUACCAUAACCAGCCUUUAAUCAUGGAAAAGCUGCAGUUCAAAAAGGAAACCCAGCAGAACCAGCUGAUUAACAUUAGAGGGGAGCUCUCCCAGGCCUCCAGUGCUUUAACAACUGCUUGCAUGGAGUUUGAAGCAUUAGAGGAUGAGGCCAAUGCCAUCCAUGGAGACCUGUGGGAGCAGCUUAAUGCAGGAGGACAGAGUGAAUUAGUUCGGAGGCACAUCCAAAAAGAGUUUUGGAGAGUCCAGGAUGUAUUAGAAGGUCUACAAAAGAACAGCUUAUCCAGAGGCAUAAAAACAGCCAAGGGUAGAGUUGACAGUGGUGCAUCAGGGUCCUUUACCACCAAUAGUCCAGCAAGCCCACUGAGCUCAGUAAGCCUUACCAGCCCGCUGAGCCCCUACUCCCCAGUGCCUGCUUGCCAGGCUUCUCCAACCAAGGAGUUGGGUCUGGAGGAAAGUGUUCCCCCUAGGCCUCCCCUUCCCAAAUCCUAUUACCCAUUGGAUCCCUCCUAUACCUUUCCUCCCUCCAUCCCUCCCCUGCCUUUUGACAGCACAACCUGGCCACACAGCUUCGGCAUCGAUGUUGAUUACCUUGGUGGUGAAGAUUCUGACUUCAGAAAGCCCAAGUUUGGAGAAUCGAACAAUAUCAGUGAUGUUCAGGAGCAGGCCCAGGACAGGCAGUCCACCAUGAAUAAAGUUGGCAUUGUUCCUCCUAGAACCAAAUCCCCCACUGAUGAAUCACAGAGGAACUUUACUGAAGUUCAUCGCCGUAACAGCAGAGUGCUUAAUGGAGUCUCCAGGGAGCGCCCAAAAAGUGCUGCUUUUCCCACAGAAAUUAAGAUGAAGAUGAGUGUGGAGGAACAGAAUGAGCGACUUCGUCGCAACCAGUGCAGCUCUAUGAGGGACAAAAGGAGAAGCCUAAACCUGUCAGGAGGCCAGUCUCCAGCCAAUUACAAAGUGGUUCGUAGGCGGCUGACAGCUCAUGAGAUUGACAUCAAAGACUUAGAGAAGGCAGUUCGAGGACAGGGGCAAGAGUCACCAGAGGAAGAAAUUGCUCGUCUGAGACGUUUACAGAUUGAACCAGAACAUUACAACAUCGGCAAAGAGAUGGCUCCUGACAAGGUUGUGAUCCCUGAGCGCUACCUGGAUGUGGAGAAGGACACUCCCUUGAGCCCAGAGGAGCAGAAGGAGAAGCAGAAGAAGCUAGAACGAAUCAAGACCCUUAUUGCCAAAUCAAAUCUGCAGAAUAUGGUUCCCCUUCUGGACGGCCCAGUGGAAGGUGGAGCUCCAGCCAGCUCCCAGCAGCAGUUGCAGGAGCAAGAGAAGCGUAUUGAGAUCUCCUGUGCUCUGGCUGCUGAGGCCUCUCGUCGUAGUCGCCUUCUCUCUGCUCAGUGUGCCUCCAGUUCUCCAGUCUCCCCAACAAACAUAGUUUCUCCCCCUUCCUCGGCUGACUUUCCCAACUCCACCCACACCAUGAAGGUGUGAUUCUCACAAGUUCAAGCCCUGGGUGCUGUAAAGGUUGAUGGAGCAUCUUUCUGAGGAUUGACUCAAAAAACUGGAAAGUCUCAGAAAAUGGAAAAAGAAAGACCAAAUUUUUACAACAAAAUCAUUUAAAUGUGUCAAAUUAAAUUUCUGGGAGGUAAUAACAAUUUGAAAUCCAAAAUACUCAUGAACUCAAGACUCCUCCUGUUAUAUAUGCACUGUAAUGACAAAGGAACACUGAAGAUCACUUAGCAUACUUCUUUUUCUUUUAGCUCAGGAUAUAUCCUACAAAGUAGAGAUUACUGAAAAACUAACAAGGGAACAUAGCAUAUAAGAAGCUCACGCUGAAGAUCAACUAUGAAAAAAAGCUACAGAGAGUAUGAAGAGAGACAGUUUCUAACAGUGUGAUGUAAAUGAAUCUAAAGAUGCAUCUGGACCCUGAAAGCCAAAGUGAAAGUCAAAGAACCAACCAGCCCAACUACUGGCCUGUGAAGCUCAGUGAGGAGUGAGGCUGUGGAUAUUUAUUCACACUGGUUGAAGCCUUUGGAAAGUUUCGUGUAACAGAAUCACAUUUUCUUUACGGUCGGAUGCUGUGUAAAAUGCAAAUAAAAACAGAAUGUAAUGAUUUACAAACAAAUUAAUUACGUUUAUGAAAACGGUACAAGAAAAACUAUAUAUAAUAAAAAGGAGAAAUUGUUUUUGAAAAGAAGAAGCUCCCAAGUUUAGUGUAAUUCAUUUCAUAAUGCACCAAAUGUUUACAGUGAGUGAUUGACCUGAAGUGGAGGCAGGCCAUUUUAGGACCUGGACAUGUUAUCAAUGCUGAUACAGUCCAAGGAUUUGGCAGAAAAGCAGAUGUGUGUUUGAGAGCAUGUUGCUGUAUAAACUUGUACACAUAUCGUUGCAUGUAAGUAAAUGGUGCCUUCACAGAUGUUGAAAAUAUCUAUACCAUGAUGCACCCUCAAAUUGUUACUGAUGCUAGCCUUGAAGCUGUGCAUCAGUGACACGCAGCAGCUUUAAAAUAUGUUGCUGCUUUAUGUCAACAUUUGAUAUGGAUCUUUUGUUUUUCUUUACAUUUUAUACAGCCUACCAAGAGCUGAACACAGAUGCCGUGUAGUCAUGUACCCUUCGUGGUGUUACAGGUUUGUCUCUGAGCACGAUGUCCCCGACGCUGAAGAGACCUAUAACCUCUGUACAUUGAAAUAGCCAUCUGACUGGUGUGGGUACUGUACAGCAAAAAUUGAGGGAUGUUGAAAAUUUAUGUAGCUGAAAUCUGGUGGAAACCAAGACAGGUUGUUGCAUAUGAAUGUAAUUUAAAUUGGACUCACAUAUGGGAUUGCUAGUUCUAUUUUUAAGGGACAUGAUUACCUCAACACAGACACAUACUGCAUUUGGUUAAAUGGCUUUGCACUUAACAUCAAAUUCAGUAAGAGUUCCUCGACGACUUUUCCCUGUGAUUGUGUCACGUUUUUAGGUAUGUGGAUUGUUUGUUUCUAUAAAUAAUGAUAUGCUGUAUAUGGAAUGGGACAAUAGAAGUGACCUUAGAAGAGCAGUUUGGUAGUUUGUUAUUUAAAAGAUGUUCUCUUUUGUGAGGUAUUAUAUACUGAAAUACUGGCAUUUCAUCCAGUAAUGCAGUGCCAUAACAUGUUAUUUGCUUCUUGUACUGUAUAUACAUAUAUAUAUAUAUAUAUAUAUAUAUAUAUAUAUAUAUAUA